AACAACUUGUACUGUUUCUGCUUAAGCCUUAGACCAUGCCAUUUUGCAGUGGUCAAAAGUUUUUCAAGAGGUUCUGUGUUGACGAGUUUCAAAUGGCAAGUCUUCCUUAUAGCAGCUUUCUUUCUAAUGAUCUCUUGCCAUCCCUUGGAGCCAGAAUCAACCAAGAAACAAGGCUUAGAAGAUGCACAGUUUCCCCUUUUGAUCCUCGUUACAGGGCCUGGGAGAUGCUGCUCAUUGUCUUUGUUGUUUACUCUGCAUGGAUUUGCCCUUUUGAGUUUGCCUUUCUCCAUCAAAAGCAUGACACACUGUUCAUCAUAGACAACAUUGUCAAUGCUUUCUUUGCCAUUGACAUCGUUCUCACAUUCUUUGUUGCAUAUCUCGAUCACCAUUCCUACCUUCUUGUUGAUAAUCCAAAGAAAAUUGCAAUAAGGUACUUAUCUACUUGGUUCAUCUUUGAUGUGUGUUCAACUGCACCAUUUGAAUCCAUCAGCCUCCUAUUCACUGAUAACAGAAGUGAAAUUGGGUUCAAAAUUCUGAACAUGCUUCGGUUGUGGCGUCUGAGACGUGUCAGUUCUCUGUUUGCAAGACUCGAGAAGGACAUUCGCUUCAAUUACUUCUGGACCAGGUGCUUCAAGCUCAUUGCUGUAACAUUGUUUGUGGUGCACUUUGCUGGAUGCUUUAACUAUCUGAUAGCUGAUAGGUAUUCUGAUCCGAAAAGAACAUGGAUUGGUUCUGUGUUCCCAAAUUUCAAAGAAGAGAGUCUGUGGGACAGAUACGUGACUUCGAUGUAUUGGUCCAUUGUGACACUUACUACCACUGGCUAUGGAGACUUGCAUGCUACAAACACAAGAGAGAUGCUCUUUUUCAUCUUCUACAUUUUGUUCAACUUGGGAUUAACUUCAUACAUCAUCGGAAACAUGACAAACCUCGUUGUUCAUUGGACAAGCCGCACCAGAAACUUUAGGGACACAGUGAGAGCAGCUUCAGAAUUUGCAUCGAGAAACCAUCUGCCACAUCACAUACAGGAACAGAUGUUGUCACACUUGUGUUUGAAAUUCAAGACAGAAGGAGUGAAGCAGCAAGAGACACUGAAUGGCCUGCCAAAGGCAAUUCGUGCAAGCAUUGCACACCAUCUCUUUUUCUCUCUUCUGCAGAGACUAUACCUCUUCCAAGGAGUAUCAGAUGAUUUUCUUUUCCAACUGGUUACUGAGAUGGAAGCUUUGUAUUUCCCACCAAAGGAAGAUGUGAUACUGCAAAAUGAGUCUCCCACAGACCUCUACAUACUGGUUUCAGGGGCAGUGGAUAUGAUUCGUUAUGUUGAUAGCAAUGAGAAAAUUCUGAAGAAGGCUAAUGCAGAGGACAUAUUUGGGGAGAUUGGAGUGUUGUACUGUAGACCACAGCCUUUCACUGUUCGGACCACUGAGCUUUCUCAGAUUUUAAGACUCAGCAGAACUUCCUUAAUGAACUCCUUACAUGGAUAUCCAGAAGCUGCACAGAUCAUAAUGAAAAAUCUCUUCAUGAGGAUAAAGGGGCAUGAAGGUUUGGAUUUUGAAUGUUCACCAAGGGAACCCCAAAUGCAUGAAAUGGAUAACAUAGACACAAGUGUUCCUGAUUCAUCUGCAAGUAAUUCUCAUAAGGAAACCAGAUUGCAUAUUCCUGAGGAUGGAAAAGGAGAUUUUGAUGCUACUUUCCGUAAAGAUCAUGCUCAAAUGGAAGAAAAUGAGAAGAACCAAGGCCCUAUAAGAUGGAAACAGAAGUCUCUUAUAGAUCAGCAACAAAACAAGAGGCUUUCUGACCUUGCAGUGAACCAUGAAAAUAGGAAGAUAGUAGAUGAACAUAUUAUAAACUUUUUGGAGCCAGAAAUCCCUUUCAAUUACCCUUUAGGAAAAAUAUACUCAAACUCCUAUUCAAGUGCUUCUAACCACAGAACUCAGAGAGAAACAGAAAGAUUCUCCAAAAAGAGAGUUGUCAUCCACUUUCUAAGCAAACACAAAACCAGCUUACAGGAACAUGGCAAGUUGAUAAUGCUGCCUGAUUCAUUACAAGAGCUGCUCCACAUUGCAGGAGAAAAAUUUGGAGUCUCCAAGCUUACAAAAGUAAUUACCAUAGAGAAUGCAGAGAUAGAUGAUAUCAGUGUCAUUCGAGAUGGGGAUCAUCUAUUUUUUGUUUGCAGUGACACUGAAAAUUGAAGUGCUUGAUCUUAUCAAAUGCCAGCUAUAGUGUGGAAGAUAUGAAGCAAGCUUGUAACCUUCAGAUAGAUUAGUCUAUAAUGAUUAAUACACAAAAACAGAGAUUACAUAAAGUGCCAAAUCUCAAUUUCUAGUUACAACAGUUCACACGAAAAUUUCUUCUAUUUUUUUCUUUCCAUCUUACAAUCUCUCUCUCU